GCGAGGUGUUCGCAGGCCCACUUGUUCCUAGGUAGCGGCGCAAGACAGACGUGGACACGCAGCAUGUUAGCAAAGGAGACAAAAUCUGCAAUGGUUGCUGUGGGAAGAGAGGAUGUGCGUUCCGGUCCCCAGGUGCCACAAUGGUAUGCCGGCCGGUCAGUGCUGGUGACGGGGGCCACCGGCUUCCUGGGGAUAGCCAUCGUGGAGAAGCUGCUGCGGUCCUGCCCUCAGAUUGGCACUAUCUAUAUACUGGUGCGGCCCAAGCGUGGACAAGACCCUCAGGAGAGGCUGGAAGCCUAUGUGUCCAAUGUGAUGUUCUCAAAGAUUCGAGGAGAGCGGCCUGACUUCGCGCGCCACCUGUUCGUGAUCGCCGGCGAUGUCAGCUCCCCAGACUUCCAGCUGGAAGACCAGGACAUGGCGUCCCUGCGGCGUGACGUCAGCGUCGUCUUCCACUGCGCCGCCAGCGUCCGCUUCGACGACAGCUUGCGCCAGGCCGUCACCACCAAUGUGGUGGGGACUAAGCGCAUGUUGCAGCUGGCCGAGCAGCUGCCGAACCUGCAGGCAUUCCUGUACAUCUCGACCUCCUUCUGCCACUCAGACCAUCAAGUGAUUGAAGAAAAAUUAUACCCGGCAAAAGCAGACCCAGAAAAGAUUAUGAAUAUUGUUUCCUCGAUGGAUGACGAUCUUUUAGGGCUUAUAACACCAAAGUUGUUGGGGAACCUACCAAACACGUACGCCUUGACGAAGAACCUGACAGAGGAGCUGGUGGCGAGGUACUCCGACCGGCUGCCUAUCGUCAUUGCCAGGCCGUCCAUUGUGACACCGGUCUGGAGGGAGCCGGUAGAAGGCUGGGCACCGAAUAUGAAUGGACCAGUCGGCUUCUUCGUAGCUGGUGGGAAAGGCGUGCUGAGGGCUAUGCUGGCAUGCCUCAACUUCAAAACGGACAUCGUACCCAUCGAUUGCACGGCGAACGCCAUCAUCGCAGUGGCGUGGCAUUUUGGAGAGACGAGGCAGGCGAGCCCCUAUGUUUGCAACAUAACUAAUGGGGAACAGAACCGCAUCACCUGGGGAGAGCUCAUGAAGAAUCUGAUCAGGAUAGAUACAACAGAGGUUCCUCUGAGACCAAUUCUGUGGUAUCCUCAGCCAAUUGUGACGACUUCAGUCCUGUGGUACACAAUCUGCCACUUCUUCCUCGAAUUCUUGCCUGCAUAUAUCCUCGACUUCUUCAUCCGUCUUUCUGGAAGGAAACCAUUCUUGGUGCACGUAAAAAAUCGUUUACAUUCGGCCAAGAUCAUGAUGGGAUAUUACGUGCUACAUGAAUGGACAUUUAUCAACAAAAAUAUUGUGUCUAUGUAUGAAUUGAUGGCUCCUGAGGAUCAAGAAACCUUUUAUUUUAAUCUUAAGGAAGUCAAUCAGUAUGAAUAUUGUAAAAAGUCACUUAUUGGAGCGAAGCGGUACAUUCUGAAUGAGAGCAUCGAUGAUAUACCCGGUGAUUUGAGAUACAUGAGAAGGAUGUACUAUUUGCACGUUAUAGUGCGGACACUUUUCUAUGGCCUGUUACUCUGGCUACUGUACUCCAUGUCAGAGCCAGCACUGGAGAUGGUUGAAACUGCAAUGGAAUAUUUGACUUCUGUGUUUUAUGGAGCUCCUGUUAUUAGAGCACUCGCUUACGAUGUUCCUGUUUCUUCUACUGUGUUGCCAGACGAUGUGGUUGAUGUGAAAAACAGCUGUUGCCAGUUUUGUUCAAAUAAUUAACUUCAAUAUUACACUAGUAACUGACUCCAAUAAAAAUACCUCAUUCCAAAAUCUUCUAUGAAGGAGAAGCUUUUUUCACAAAAAGAAGAGUACACAUUUCAUAACCACAUAGUCCUGAUAGAAAAUCGCAAUUGGUAUGGAACAAUGGAAUAUUCAAAUUUAAAAACAUGGUUUAAUUCUUUGAAAUUACCAAAAAACUCUGCCUGUCCUGUUACUUUAAUUAAAUCUACACUGGUUUCAAAAUUGUUGAAUUACUGUACAUCAUGGUGUAUUUGUUAUCGCAAUAUAUCAUCAUUAACAACA